AUGUUCGUCUCACGCAUUGGAAGAGCUCUAUCAUCCCAACCUGUUUCUCUUAUCUGCCGUCAAUGUGUUUGCAUGAUGUCAACUGCCUCACCUGAUGGAUUGUACAAGUUAUUGGACACUGGUGACAACGUCGGAAAUAGUAUUCCUGAAGCCAUGUUCUCGUUGUACAAUGCCGAUGCAGUUUGUUUCGAUGUUGAUUCAACAGUAAUUAAUGAAGAGGGAAUCGACGCUCUUGCCGAAUAUCUUGGAAAAGGAGAAGAAGUGGCGGAGUUGACGAAACAAGCAAUGGACGGUGAUACAAAGUUUCAGGAUGCUCUGCAAAUGAGAUUAGAUAUUAUGAAGCCUUCCAAAUCACAGAUCGAGACUCUUUUGGACGAACAACCUCUUGUUUUGACUGAUGGCGUGGCCAAUUUGGUGAAGAGCUUACAUGAGAAGAAUGUUGAUGUGUGGCUUGUGUCCGGAGGAUUCAGAAUUAUGAUAGAGCCUGUUGCGGAAAUUCUGAAUAUACCUACCUCCCACAUUGUAGCAAAUCAAAUCUUAUUUGAUGACAAUGGUGAAUAUAAAGGGUUCGACAAGGAUGAACCAACGAGUCGGGAUAUGGGGAAGCCAAAAGCUUUGGAACAAAUUAAAGCAAAGAAUUGUUACGAAACAAUGGUUAUGGUAGGUGACGGAGCGACUGAUGCCCAAGCAAAACCCCCGGCGGCAGCGUUCAUUGGAUUUGGCGGUGUUGUAGAGCGGGAAGCAGUGAAGGAGAAAGCCGAUUGGUUUGUAUUAUCUUUUGAUGAUAUGACAAAGAUUGUUCGAAUGAGGCCAAACUAG